GCGCCGGCGAUGGCGGACGAGACUCUGUUCCAGCUGCUUCACACGGAGGUGGUGGCGGCCGCGUAUGGCGGGGGCCGGGGCUCGGGAGACGAGGGACAGAGGAAUGGCUUGACAGUUCUUGAGGGUAUGGGUUUCCCUGUGGGCCAGGGCCUGGCUGAGAGGCUGCCCCGAGGGGCCCUGGUCCUCAGAGAGGAGCUGGACACCAUCAAGUUCCUGUGCAGGGACUAUUGUGCUGUAAGAAAUGAUGAGCAGGCAGACUUCAGAAAAACCUUGAAAGACUUGUGUGGUCUGAUGCGGAAUGAAGUGAGCAGAACCAGGAGAACAUGAUAUACAGUGACAGCCACGUUGUGCCGUGACUAAUAGACUCAGCCCUUGUCAGCAAUGCAGGGAUCUAAGACAUCUCCAGAAGUCUCAUGAUGGAAAAUGCUGUCCACAUCCAGAGAAGGAACUAU